UUUUGUAAAACUUUGCCUUUUCAUUUAGGAAUAUAAAGUCUAAGCAACUGCGAGGCGCAGACUUUAGUUAAUUUAACUCAUCAGCCUAGUCGUGAGCGGACAAGUGUGUGUUGGUUACACGAAAAGUUCGAAAAGUUGCCCUUUGUGAAUGUAAAAACUGUGAAUUUUAGCGACAAAUAAUUAAAAUACUAAAAAGCCGCAGGAUUAUCAAAGGAUCAUCAUGUUUGGGCGUAACAACAACAAUCACAACAACAACAACGUACACCUACAAAUUUGGCUGCUAUGCUUCAUCGCAGUACUUAUCAGCAGCAACACUGGCAUGGCGCUGCCCAUCAGGCCCGACUCACCCAUACAGACAAUAAUUGUGCCCUAUCAGCGGCAUACCGUUAGCGGUCAUCCCUAUCAAUACCCGCAGUUGACGAGCGAAAAGCGACAGGUGUUGGUGCCCGCUGUGAUGGAGGUGGUGCCGCGCUUCAAUCUCAAUCAAGGCGAAAUGGCCAUGGGCAGCCAGAAAGGUACGCCCGUGAACUUCGUGGACGGUGCCUACCCAGUCUACUAUAUGCCGAGCAAUGUGAAUGGUAAAUUUAAUGGGCAAAUUUCGCUGCUGGAGGGCGUGGUGCAGGAGUAGUGGCAAAAGCCUAGGGUUUCGAAGCAAACGCUAAUUUAGUAAAUACAUACCUAUGCAUACCUAAAUACUUGCUUUGUAAUUUAAAUAGUUUAGUUAUAUGUAGAAAAGUGCUAUUUUACAUCCACCUAACAAAUACACUGUGAUACGACACGUGCGCAAUAGUCCCAUUAAUGGAAAUAGUUUUAGUGAUUUGUAUAUUUUAAAGAGAAUAUGUAAUAAAGAUGUGCAUAAACAACUUUA